UAUAGCCCGGAGCGGAUAUCUGUUUGUGGCUCCGGAUUGGGAUUUUUCCGUGCCUCUCAACAGGACUAAGAGAUGGCAACGACGAUGGUUUGUCCUUUACGAUGACGGCGAAUUGAAUUAUUCUGUAGAUGAACAUCCGGAUACAGUUCCUCAAGGAUGCGUGGACAUGUGUAAGGUGCUCGAGGUGACUGGAGCCGAACAGGUCACCGGCCACCCCCAUUCGUUGGCCCUUACCAGCCCCGACCGCGUCACCUUCGUGAAGGCUGCCAGCCGAGAGGAUGCUCGCUGGUGGGCGGAGCUGCUUGCGGUGUUUCCUCGCCGCCACAAACGGAACGCUACCUUCCCCGGGGGGCGCGCUUCCCCUAGUCUACCGCAGCUGGGGCGCAGUGCCUCCCCGCAGCCGCCUCGGCCUAGGCAUUUGUCGGUGACGGGCCCCAGCCCCAGGACCAACUUCGAGACGCCGCCGCUGAAGGAGGAGCGCGAGUCGCCGCCCAAGGACGAACGGAAGCGGCCGGGAUGGCUGACCGUGCGCACGAGCAGUAUGUCGAUCGAGAACGUCACGAGCCCUGUAAGAAGUGAUUGUAUAGUAAGCUCCGGAUCACCUCCUACUCGAGACAAAUUGCGAUGCGACGACAAGGUUAGGGCUCGACGAGACUGGAGGAACGAAAGGCUGCGCGACAUCGCCACCGCCCUAACAGACAGGUCCCCCGAAUCUAGCCUGGCUUUACCUGCAGAAGGUCUGCUCAAUCUCAAGAAGGGAUGGUUGUGGAUGAAAAGCAAUUCUUCUGAAUUCGUUCGACGAUGGAUAGUUCUAUGUGGUCCCACUCUUCAGAUAUACCAAGACCAAAACGAACAAGGGACUCCAGAAUUAACUGUUGAGUUGUCGACUGUUACCAAUUAUACCGAAGUACCUACUGACUCAAAAUAUGGAUUUGAAAUUCAGUGGGAUGGCAAUACCCUAACUCUGAGUGCUGUAACACAGGGAAUCAGGUCUAACUGGCUGCAAGCAUUAAAAAAGGCGGCUCCGAUAAUUGUUGAGAGUCCUAUCACUCCUCCAACUCCCAGAUCGGUCCUGGCGUCUAGCGAUGAAGAAUACAGAACCGCUUCUGAAGGAGGACGUAGGGGAUCGGAAGACUGGAGUGAGUUACCACCGUCACCACCUCCUAAUAGGUUAUCCAUAAACAGAGUGAAAGAUAGGGCGAGGUUACGACCUAGGCUGCCAAGGUGCCAGUCAAGACAGUCAACGUUAGAUAGUACGUCAACCGAUGAAUUAGAUUGUGCCAAAGAAAACGAUUUUACUUCAGUGAGUAAGACCGGUGAAGACAUCACAGAAAUUCAGAAGAAAUUAACCAAAGCUGAGGAAGCAGUUAGAACCUUAGAAGAAGAGAUUGCAAGAUUGAAAAAAUUUCAAUCUGAUGCAGCGAUUCGUGAGAAAAAGACUAAGGAAAUGCUAUCGAAUUUUGAACGAAAUGAAAUCGAAUUAAACCAAAAAAAUUCUCAAAUCGAGGUUAAGUUUUUAAAAGAACAACGGGCUCUUCAGAGACGUUUAUCGGAGGCUGAGGAAUCAUCAAGAACGUUUGAGGAGAAAUGUAAUAUUCUCUCGAAAGAACUUCAAACGAAACAACGUAUUAUUAUAGAUUUGAAGGAUGAGUUGUCAAGUUCAAAUGAAAAAAUAAUGUUGGAAAAAGAAGAAAACGAUAAAUUAUAUAAGAAAAUUCAAGAGCUCGAGGGCCGGUAUUGCUUUAAAAACAGCAAAUUCAAUGUGGAUACGUUAACCGAACUUACAAACAUUAAUCUCGAUUUAGAUAUUGAUGAUUUAAAUCAAAACGAACUGAAAGAAUAUUGCUUGGAUCUUAAAUGUCGUUUUGAAAAAGCUAUAAUGGAAAUAAGGGCAGUUAAGAGAGCCCUAAGAGAAUCACAUGAGGACUGUGAUAAAUUAGAGUUAACAAAUCAUAGUUUGAAUAACAGCAUUAAAAUUAUGAAAGAAGAAAAUCAGGCAGAAAUAAAUUUACUAGUAGCGAGAUUAGAUCAUCUCACGUCGAAAUUAACAGCAGCAGAAAAGCAACUGAAAAUCAAGUCUAAAACGGAAUCCAAAGAGAAAAGGAGAUCAGUGUCAUUGAAAGGUCGUGAAAGUUUAUCUAUAAACAAAGAGGUGGAGGAUAAGGUGACGGAACUGGAGGCGAAAAUUUUAGCCUUGGAGAGAAGUAGAAAUAGGAGAAGAUACAAAAGGGAGAGGAGCAGUGAAAGAGGCUCACCCAUAGACGACAAAUCGUUACGGCGCUUGAGACGCAAAAGUUUGGACAGCGCCACAUCAUCAGAACCAAUGAAAUUAUUAAUACGGCUGAGCUCUUUGGAAACCAAAGUAACAAAUGUAAAUGCCUCCAAUGAAUCGCUAAAUUUACUAAACAGUAGCAGUAUGACGGAUUUAACAAAACUAAAAGAAGAAACCAGGGAAGGCAGUAGAAGUAACGUCGAUAUCGAAUAUUUAAUAUCGGCAGCCAAAAUUAAAGUAAACGAAUGUUUGUCCAGCGUCAGUAUUUUAAGAAGUAGCCGUAAGAGAGCUUCAUCUCCCAGCAUAGACAGACUCGCUUCCCUUGAAAAUUCCCUUAACGAACUUCAAGAUAUAUUACACGGUAGAGACUGUCUGAUUAGCAGCGCAGAAGCCGAAGUUAUCAACUCUUCCGCUGAUGCGGUCGUUAAACAGUUGCAGUGUUUGUUGUUAGAGAAGCUAACAGGUUUAUCCGAGAAGAAAAGACUGCUCCGAGAAAACAAUAAAUUAGAUACUAGCGCCAGGCUGCAGUUAUUAGCAGAGAAGGUAGCCUACGAAAAUAUCUUAGUAAGUAGAAUACAAGAGGCUUUACAGUCUUCCGUGACGGGAGAGGCGGUUUGCGACAGACUCAUCAGUAAGGAGACCAAGGAAACUGCCUACUUGAUAAUAGCUUUACAAAACAAAAUCACAGGUACAAAUCAAAAACAACCGCCUUCCAGUAGAACGAGCGCAGAUUAUCUGUCGAAAAUACUCGCGAAAUGUCUUAUAUCGGCCACGCGAGGGUUUGCCUCAUGUAAAAACUUUAUAGCGACCAAAGGACCAUCCCUCGGCUUGUUGUGUGGUGAAAAAGAAAAAUUAGACUCCCUUUUGGAGGCUUACAAAACUACAAAAUUACCACAACUAGCAGAGGCUCUGGCAGCGGAUACCAUCAACUUGGCAUCAGAUAAAACGUGCCGGAUUCGCUCACUAACUCAAGAAACUGUCAGCGAAUUUAGCAAAGUCGCUCGAGAAGUCGUGAAUGCGGAAUUAAUACAGUCUGAAAUAAACCACGUGCUCCACAGAGCUGCUCAGGUAUAUCAAACUAAUGUUGAUGCGGAUCACACGUACUUCUUCAGUUUCUUUGCCGCCGAGAGGGCUGCCCUAGAGCUAUGGGAGGAUUCGGUGGGAGACUGUUUGUACGACGAAAUAAAUAGGAGUAUAAACGAGUUAACAGAGUUGUAUUUAAAUUCUCUAAACAAAUUGCAAAAACAGAAUUGGAGAAGGAGGGUCGAGUUGGAGAGAAAUAGUCGAACUCCGACGAGCAUGCUUCACGAAUUUGCCGAUAUCAUAGCACACAAGGCGUUAAUUGAUGCCCGGAUAGCUGUGCUCAGCGGAAAAUAUACCAUCCCUGAUGACGAUGUCAGCAGUCAAGAGGAGAAUUUAAGUAGUUGGCUGGAGAACGAACAGUGUUGGAGUUUCUUGGAGGAUCAGUCUUUAGUUCAAAUAAACCAAAGUUUAGAAGCAGAGUUUUAUUGUAUGUUAGAUAAAUAUAGUGGUGAUUGUUUCGCUGUGUUGGGUCAACCGGAACUCGAGGAGGUCUUGAGUUAUCUAGAUGAAGUAGCUGCAAAAGUUUCGGAAUUGCAGAAAUGCGUCGAUGUACCUGCGGCACGAGAUGACGUGGUCGUGAAGAGUUGGAGUGACGUCUGCCAAAAAUGCAUGAUCUUGAGGAAUAAUUUAGAGGAUAUCAAGAAUGGAUUAGAAAGGCCAAUUUUUAAAAGGAACCCUUCUUUAGAUGAACAAAGGCCCGUCUAUCUAGGAACAGAGUACCUAACUCAGGUAGAAAAUUUAAGAGCAGCUUACAGACGUGCUCUAGCCUCCUGCAAAGAGCGACACAGGGAAAGCGAUAUAGAGCAGUUGCAGCAAUUGUGCGAAAGAGUGUUGGUUGCUAUGGAGCAGUGGCACUGUCGUACGAUUCACGAAUUGCGGGAAGCCCAUGCCCAAGAAGUUGAAAUUCUGAAACAGGAGAAGGAGCAAGCUCUUGCUGAAGAAACCCAAGCCACUCUGGCUGCCCUUGAUGCUAUGAAAAAGGCGCACGUAGCAGAAGUGCAACGAGAAAUAGCCAAGUUUAAGCAGGAGUUUGCGCGACAGCAAAGGGAUGAUGUUUUUGAUUUAUCCGAAAAGCUGUCAGUCAAGUCCCUUGAGGCUGCUGCCCUCGAAGAACAACUUGGCAGUGCCACAAGGCAACUGGCCCAUGCCCAACAGCAUAUUUUACAGCUUGAACGGAACCCCCAGCUCUCAUCCGUGCAGAACUGAAGGUGUGUAUCCGUAAAAAGCAAUUUAACUAGUCUUAACCAAGCCUCAUAACUAUACCAGUGUAUAAUUAAUACAGUACAAUAUCACCGUUGUGUACAGUUUAUCGCACUUCUUUGAAUGCAUUGUUUUUUUUUUACUCCAUUUGAAUAUUUCUUAUUUAUUUUACCUCAUAUACUUUUGUAUCCCGUAGGUGUACAAAUAAGUUUUUUUUUGUAACAGUUAACAGUUUAUUGUUUAUAUGUGUUGGGUUUAUA